ACUUUACAGCCGGCAGUUGUUUUCCUUGGCAGCAGAGAAAAAGACCAGAAUCAUCGUAAGCGUAGCUUGAAGAAACUUUACAGAAAACUUGUAAGGAUUUAACAGUUUACUGCAGUGCAACUGAGUCAUACAUAAGAUUUUGCGCGCGGAUAUUCUAUUGGCUAGAAGAAUGUUAUCAUCAUUCAUCAUUACACUAAUUUUUAUGCGUGUCCUGCCUCUGGCAAUAUUAGCAAACAACGCUUGCUGCGGAUCCUAACUGUUACUAACCGCUUUAACGAACCGUCAACGUCAAAGUGUUUCGGGAGUUCUGGCAUGGUAUAUAAUGUACGUUGCUAGCAUAUUCGCAAGUUCUUUCCUCCCAAAUUACUUGAAUCCCGCCGUGAAAUUAAAUGCUAUAGAUUAUCGCCAUUCUAUUUUGAUGUUGAUAAGAACGGCAUAAUGAUCCGAACAACGCAGCACUUCACAACUACCAUCACUCCAUUGACUCCUCCACCUUCGGACGGCAACGAAUAUGAAACCCUCACUUUCAGCAGCUGUGCGGAUUUUUUAGCGCAUAAUCUCAGCUUGGCGGAUUUGGUGCCUUCCCAGGGCAACAGUACCAUGACGAGCAACACGGAUUCCUGCGGAUUCCGUAUACUAGAUCAUAAUUUGAUCGCGCAACACCCGGUUAAAUAUCUAUACUGGGUUACCUAUCCGCUGCUCCUGCUGAUCUGCACAGUGGGCAAUACAUUGACGCUAAUUGUAUUAUCGCGGGAGGGAGCUCAGAGUGUCAAAUGGAUCUUCCUCAUGGCCCUGGCCUUUUCCGAUCUGAUGAUAAUGUGGGCUCAGUUCUUUCCUUGGGUAGCCGAGAUCGCCGGCAAUAUCGACGGAACGGGGUUCGAUGUCUUCAUGGGGGGUUUCGGCGGCGCCUAUGCGUUCCUUGAGGAAAUGUUCUUAACAAGCUCCGACUGGAUUCUGGUAGCGUUCAGCAUCGAGCGCUUUGCAGCCAUUGCGUUCCCGGUAUGGUAUGAUGUUAUUCUGGCCAAGGUGUCCAGAACCAUUCGCGCCGUGAUCUCUGUUGUCGGCAUCUUCACGCUGGCGGCCGUUUAUUCACUGUGGAAUUUAUUCGAUUCUUAUUGGUUCUACUACAAUGACGAUAAAAGGUGUCCUGUCGUGCUGAUUAAACCGCCACAGUAUAUUAAAGACUGGAGAACCAUCUACGUAAUGGCUUCGAUAAUCGUUCCCGCCGUCAACUUUGGCUUGAUCCUCUUUCUGAACUCUUUCGUCACGUUACGCCUUCUGUAUUACCGCCAGUUCCGCCAGCAGCCCGUCCACAUGAAUAACCCGUGUGGCUCACAGGCCUGGCAAGCCACCCGGAUGCUCUUCGCCACCGCCGUCGUCUACUGCGCCACCCAGACCUUUCCCCUCGUCUUUCUCAUAAUGCGUCGCCUGGUGGGAUACCCUCGCUGCAGCUACUUUAUCAACGAAGACACUUACGCAAAAUUCGCUCGCACUAACGCGUUACUUGUCAAUAUCAACUAUUCCAUUAAUUUUUUACUGUACUCGCUCAUCAGCACCGGGUUCCGGCAGCUCCUCUGGAAGUUCAUCACCAGAAAAUCGAAGGAUAAGAGGGUACGCUGGUACCAUGUGUUCGGUGCGCGGAAAACCAAUCAGGCCAUUCCGCUGUCAACAGUGAACGCGACAGAUCACGAGGGCGGUGACCGUGACGAUCAAGAGCGGGCCAGUAUCAACACACAGAUGUCAGCGGUGAAGUCCGGAUGGACGAUUAGGACGGGGACCUCGCUGACGGAUGACAGUGCCGGCAGCAUCCCGGGAAUACCGCUGCGGGAUAGUUUUUGUUUGUGACAUAACAGAGGACAAUUACCAAGAGUUGGUCACUCCGAAUCCCUGUGAAGCCAGACAAAGAACAUAAAUUACGUGGCGUUUUUUCCUGCUUUAACGCAUGCAUGUACCUCAAUGUACAGACAAACUGACUGCUCUGUGACCGCAUUCUUAACUCUUCCUCGCGCUGAGUGAUAGCCUGAGUCAUACAUGUAACGGGCUUGUUUAUAACAAUUAACAUGUUAACAAAAAUUGUAGAAGGAUAGCAAUCGGUCUAGCUCAUGAACUCGGGCUCGCACAGGUGACACAGCUGUGAACUGGCAAGUUAGAGAAAUU